CUAUUAUUGGCCAGUACUUCAAAACUAGCUUGUUACCCUUCUUCCCAAACUUAGUUAUACUCUUAACAUAUACUAGUACAUGGCUAGCAGAGUUGCUUCAACUUCAAGGGCAAUGAUACUUUUGUUAAUGGUUUUAUUCUCAGCAAUGUUCUUGACUUCAGAGGCACGUAUCCUCAAGGGGGGUCAAGCAUUGCAAGGAAAUGCUAAUAAUAGCCGCCACCUUUUGCUCGAGUUAGGUUUUGAUCUCGCCAAACUUGAGCAUUAUCGAAGGUUGUCUACUCUUGGUGAUGUCUCUGAUAGAAUUUCACCAGGAGGACCAGAUCCUCAUCAUCAUUAGUGACCAAGUUGUUUUAGGGAGCGCUACCUUCCAAGAUGGAUUAUAUCUAAUAAAGUUUGAGUUUGAUCAUAAUUAAAAAUUAUGGAGCUCAUCAAGAUAUUUUGUUUUUGUUUGUUUUCAUCCUUCUACGACGGGCACUGCUUUUGGUUUAUCGUACGGUAUUUAGUCAAUCACUGUGGUUCGGUGAAAGACAGGCUCUUUGAUCCAUUUUGUUUUUGUUUCUGUUAUAUGUAUGAGUAUUAUAGAAUGUAUUUAUAUAGGAAAUAU